AGGUACUCUUCUAUCUCCAUUUCUCUUUAAUCUCUAGUUUUCUUAAUAUCAAAUUUCAUUUUUUAUCUCAUUUGAAUCAACAUGUUUAUAAUACUGCUUAAUAUGUACACUCACAAGCUGUUUGUGGAAAUGCCUCAACAACUUUAUACAUGAUAUAAAUUUGAUUAAAAUGCAAUUCUGAUGGUAAAGUUUCGAUGAUUAAUUUGCCGUGUUUUAAUCUUAGUGGUACUUUGAGUCAUUCUGUUGCAAAUUUAGGUUCUUUAGUUGAUAUCAGAUUGGAGGGUAAUCAUAUCAAUCUUAGUGCCUAGUAAUUGGACCAGUUUGAUGAAUAUGAAAUUGUUUGAUCUGAGUAGAGCAUUUUUAACAAAAUUUAAAACACAAACUACCAUUCCUGAUCUUCAUGUUCUGAUAUCUACACCAUUUCACCCUGCCUAUGUUACUGCUGAAAGAAUUAAGAAAGCUAAGAAUUUAGAGCUACUUUUGACUGCCGGAAUUGGUUCUGAUCACAUUGAUCUCAAUGCUGCGGCUGCUGCUGGUUUAACCGUCGCAGAGGUCACAGGAAGCAACAAUGUAUCUGUUGCUGAGGAUGAGCUCAUGAGAAUUCUCAUUCUGGUGAGGAAUUUUGUGCCUGGUUACCAUCAGUCUAUUACAGGAGAAUGGGAUGUUGCUGGCAUUGCACAUAGAGCCUAUGAUCUUGAAGGAAAGACGAUAGGAACGGUGGGUGCUGGACGAAUCGGGAAGCUUUUACUCCAAAGGCUGAAACCUUUUAACUGUAACCUUUUAUAUCAUGAUAGACUUAAGAUGGAGCCUGAAUUGGAGAAAGAAAUUGGAGCUAAGUUUGAAGAGGACCUCGAUACAAGGCUUCCAAAGUGCGAUGUAAUUGCUCCAACAAAGUUACCAGAUACAGAGAGAUGGUUAGAGGGAUUUGCAACCUUAGAUAGACGCCUUUUGCCUCCAGAAAGCCACUGGCCAUAGAUUUUGAGUUCAAGU